CCUAUAAAGCCAGAGAGAAGAUGAGCAGGAGCUGGAAGAAGCUAUCAUCUCCUCCUCCCUCAUAUUUGUUGUGCUGGUGGCUCUGCUUCUUCUUAUCACCUUGGAAUUCAAUAGCUCAAAAUAAUAGCACCCUAGAUCCUUCUGAAGCCAGAGAAGAUGAGCAGGAGCUGGAAGAAGCUAUCAUCUCCUCCGCCCUCAUAUUUGUUGUGCUGGUGGCUCUGCUUCUUCUUAUCACCUUGGAAUUCAAUAGCUCAAAAUAGUGGCACCCUAGACCCUUCUGAAGUGAGGGCAUUGAAUUCAUUGUUCGAAAAAUGGAAUGCACAAGCGGUGGAAAAUCUAUGGAACAUAAGUGGAGAGCCAUGCAGUGGAUCUGCAAUAAAUGAUACAGAGUUGUGGGACCCUAUCAAUAACCCUUCCAUUAAAUGUGAAUGUGGCUAUGAAAAUAACACUUGUCACAUCACUCAAAUAAGAAUCGAAGCUUUGGGCAAAACAGGAGAGAUUCCAGAAGAGAUUACAACUUUCAAAUAUCUCAACAUUCUGUAUGGAAUUAUUUUUGUUUGUUUUUUAAGUUAUAAUAUUCCUGGCCAUGCAUGCUUUAUAUAAAUAUAAGUAAAAUGGUAAGAUAAAUUAAAGUAGUUUCCCUAUUUUACACUUUUUGCAUAUCUACUUCUUUGUUCUUGG